AUUUUCUUAAAACGAUGGGAUCACAUCAUAAUGUAAUAAGGAAUGCUCGCAACAACGUUGUGAAUUACUCGUCGGAACUCAUAACAGGUUAUUUGUAGGACAACUUGAAUCAACUAAAAUAUCAAACGAAUAUAAAAGAGGACAGUCAACACAUAGUCGAUCACUCAACACUUCUGCAUUACAAUCAGAACAACUAUUAGUUGUUAUCUUAUUUCCAAUUCGUAUUCUUAUUCCAAGAUGGUAGAAGCAAAAGAUUCAAAAGUCAGCACUGGCUCUUCAUACCUGGAGCUCAAUCGCCCUAAGCGCGUGUCAAUGAUCCUUUCCUGCAAGGAGAAAGUAGGCAUUCUAGCGGAUGUUCUGGGCUUCUUCUCUAAGGAGGGCCUGACCUUGGCUCAUAUCGAGUCUCGUCCGUCUGCUUUGGAGAAGGACCAGUUCGAUUUCUUCGUAGAUGUGAUGCAAAGCGCGAACAUGGAGAACAUGGACAGUAUCCGUGCGGGUUUGGAGAAUAUUUGUGAUACCGUGACUAUCAUUGGAAACCAAGAGGCUGCAGACACCCCCUGGUUCCCUCAGAAGAUUAGCGAUCUGGAUCGUUUCGCUACACACACGUUGGAAUUCGGCAAGGAGUUGAAGGCUGAUCAUCCUGGAUUCUCGGACAUGGAGUACCGCAAGCGCCGCUGUGCUAUCACCGAAAAUGCAACUUCCUAUAAACACGGAGAAAAAAUUCCUCGAGUAGAAUACACUGACGUCGAGAUCGAAACUUGGGGAAAGGUGUACAAGAGAUUGACGGAUCUUUACCCUACUCACGCAUGCAAAGAGCACGUUAAGGCGCUUCCCUUGCUUGAACAGUACUGCGGUUAUGGUGAGAAUAAUAUCCCUCAAUUACAAGAUAUCUCCGAUUUCUUACACUCACAAACCGGUUUCCGCCUUCGACCGGUUGCCGGCCUACUAUCAUCGCGAGAUUUCUUAAAUGGAUUAGCCUUCCGGGUCUUCCACAGCACACAAUACGUACGUCACCAUUCACAACCUUUCUACACACCUGAGCCCGAUGUGGCCCACGAGUUAUUAGGACACGUCCCGCUAUUCGCCGAUCCCGAUUUCGCGGCUUUCUCACAGGAAAUUGGGUUAAUGUCUCUGGGUGUGAGUGAUGCAGAUAUCGAAACGUUAGCAACAUGCUAUUGGUUUACAAUUGAGUUUGGGCUAUGUAGGGAAGGCGAUGAGAUUAGGGCAUAUGGUGCGGGUCUACUGUCCUCGUUCGGCGAGUUAGAGUACUGCUUAACCGACAAGCCCAAAUUAUUAGAUUUCGAUCCCAAAACGACUUCACUGACCAAAUACCCUGUGACCGAGUUCCAGCCCACAUACUUUGUGGCUGAAAGUUUUGAGGAUGCCAAGAAGAAGCUCAAGGAGUUCGGCAAUAGUCUGAGCAGAAGUUUUGCCGUCCGCUAUAACCCUUACACGGAGUGUGUAGAGGUUAUUAACAGUCAGAAGCAACUCAAGACACUCGCUUACAGCAUACAUGCGGAGAUGGACACAUUGUUGAGCGCAAUGAGUCGUAUGGCAGAGGAGAGCAAAUAAGCGCUUAUAGAUGGUCACAUGCUUAGGUACCCGGCGUAUACUAGUCAGUCUUCCACUACAACAUACCUUAGCGAAAUAAACAAAAUUGGCGUGCCGAACAUUGUCUG